AUGUUAUGCAGACUGCCGAAAGAUACAGGAUUUCCUUGUGGUCGUCUCACUCCCUAUAGUGCUUUUUAUUUUGAUCCAGAUGAGGGAAAAUGUCUUAGCUUUUUGUUUCAAGGCUGUGGCGGAAAUCAAAAUCGUUUUCUUAACAAACAAGAGUGUCAAGAUGGAUGCGGAGCUUUGACUCGAUGUGGAAAAGGUCUUCCAUUGAUGGAUUUUGCUGGAAAUUUGAAAAGAUGUGAUGGAGAUAGAAUACCGUGUCCAGGAUCGCAUGAAUGUCACGGUCUUGGAAUGAGCUCAGUAUGCUGUAUAAAGCCAGAACGCGUUUGCCAUUUACCGGUAGAACGAGGGUCUCAUUGUGGUGUAGUUGCAGAUACCAGAUUUUAUUUUGAUGUUGAUACAAAUGCGUGUCGAUCUUUUUCAUACACGGGUUGUGGAGGAAACGACAAUAACUUUAAGUCUAAAGGAGAGUGUAUGCAGUAUUGCUCGAAUGAAGUCGCUUGUAAACGGGGUGAUCCGUUGCCAGAUCGUUACUCAAUAGCUAAACAAAUGAUAUGUGAUGGUCGACAACCAUGUCCAGCUAACUAUACUUGUACGAAAGCUGUAUCGGGAAACUCGGCAUGCUGUCCGAGUAAAGAAAUGGUUUGCGGACAAUCUUAUGAUCCUCGUGAACGCUGUCAGCGCCCAUUAGACAACGAUUUAUGGACUUUUGAACACAAAAAGGGAAGAUGCGAAAAAAUACCGCAUAAGGGUUGUGGAGAGCAAUUGAAUUCUUUUGCUAAUAUGGAACAAUGUGUCGACUUUUGCAUUGGUUUGUUUACACCGAAAAAGCACAAGCGUAAUGAUAACAUUUUUGGUUUUUGCCCAGAGGGAUUGGAUGCGCAUACAAAUGCGGUCACCGGUCAACCGCAGCUUUGUGAAAGAGGAAGGCCGAAUGCGUGUCCAGUAGGAUAUGAGUGUUUUCAAAGUUCUCCAUUUGCUGCAAUUUGCUGUCGAUCAAAACCGAUUUGCCCUGCAGCUGAGUCGAUUCUUCAUAUGGGCGCUUUUGGCCCAGUGCGUUGCGAGGCUAGAAGAGCCGACAGUUGUGCGCCUGGAUACACUUGUCAACAAGCUCCAAAUAGAGAAUUCGUUUGUUGCACUCCUUCUCUACAAUGCCCAACUGGAAUGGAGCCUUUGCGGGAAGAUGGUCGACCCAGAAUCUGUACCCCUCGAGUUACUGGCUCUUGUCCAGACGAGUACCUCUGUGUCAUUGGUGAUGGUCCGAACACAAUUGGGGAAAACAAAUGCCCGUCAGCGACUCAUUGUUUACCGGUUGUAGAGAUGCACGAGAGCAUGCAAAAAGCAAAUGAUUUGACAUUCUAUUGCUGCCACACACUUGAUGUAUUUUUGUGUUCUGAUGGGAAGCCACCACUAGAGGAUCAGCUCACAAAAAGGCCUGUCAGAUGCCAUCAAUCUGAUCCGAUGGCGUGUCCAAAAGAUUAUUAUUGUGAUCAGUUGGCUGAUAUGACACACGCUUGUUGCCCAUUAGAGAUGGCAUUUCAAAUGUGCGCUGAGGCGUUAACCAAUGAUGGAGAAGUGAUUCAUUGUAAAGGCUGGGAUGAUCCGUCUUGUGCGGAAAACGCGAAAUGCCGAAAAGCUUCCAAUGGUCGAUACGUUUGCUGUCGAGAAGUUUCGAAAGUUUUCCAAGCACUUGCCGCAAACAGUCCUAUUAUUUUGUUU